GGCGUGGGGGAGGACCGAGAGCACCGGAAAGUUGCGUUUAAGGCGAAGAGGAAGGGGAUGGCAAUCAGCUUCGCUGGUGUUGUUUUAAUAGCUGUAAUCACCCCAAGCGCACCCAUGAGCCCCUGGCGUCAUCUCUCCCUGCCGUGAUGGCAGCGUGCACUUUGCUCCUUCUCGGCACAAGUGCCUUCGUUUAUCUUUGUAGUACAAAGGGCUGUAUUAACAUAAGCAGGGGAAAGGUUGGUCAGAAGGCAAAGAAAGCAUCAUAAAGAGAAGCUGGUGGCUUAAAUAACACAAACUCGCCAUCGCACCAGGCUCCGGAGUCUGAAAGGAAGAGAAAAAGCAGGAGUGGGAUUUUAACCUUUUAUUCUUUCCCUCUUCUGUCAGUGUUUUCAGCCACCGCCACUACCCACAGUGAGUGGUUCCUGUGCCGAGAGGAGGAGGGGAUCUCUGCAAAGUGAGGCUGUGCAGUGAAGAGCAGCAUGGACCCAGAUGUGCUGAACAUGUUUGUCAUCGCCAGCGGCACCCUGGCCAUCCCCAUCCUGGCGUUUGUGGCCUCUUUCCUCCUCUGGCCCUCAGCGCUCAUCCGCAUCUACUACUGGUACUGGCGCCGAGCCCUGGGUAUGCAGGUCAGAUACGCCAACUACGAUGAUUAUCAGUUUUGCUAUUCCUAUAGAGGGAGACCUGGAUACCGGCCGUCCAUCCUGAUGUUACACGGGUUCUCAGCCCACAAAGACAUGUGGCUGUCCAUAGUCAAGUUCCUGCCAAAGAACCUGCACUUGGUGUGUGUUGACAUGCCCGGGCACGAGGGCACAACUCGCUCAGACUUGGAUGAUUACUCCAUUAGUGGGCAAGCAAAGAGAAUACAUCAGUUCGUGGAGUGCAUCAGGCUGAACAGAAGGCCCUUUCAUCUGGUUGGCACUUCCAUGGGGGGGAACGUUGCCGGCGUCUAUGCUGCUCAGUACCCAGAAGACAUUUGCAGCCUGACCCUCAUCUGUCCCGCAGGCCUGCCAAGUACCACCGACAGCAAGUUCAUUAAGCAGCUGCGGGAGCUGAAGGAGUCUGAACGCAUCGACAGGAUCCCUCUAAUCCCCUCGACGCCCGAGGAGAUGGCGGAUAUGCUGAAGCUUUGCUCCUACGUUCGCUUCAAGGUGCCACAGCAGAUCCUCCAGGGCCUCGUCGAUGUUCGCAUCCCACACAAUGAUUUUUACCGGAAACUGUUUUUAGAAAUUGUGGAUGAAAAGUCCAGGCACUCUCUCCAUGAGAACAUGAACAAGAUCAAAGCGCCAACACAGGUCAUCUGGGGAAAGCAGGACCAGGUGCUGGAUGUUUCUGGCGCCAGCGUUUUGGCGAGCGCCAUCCCCGAGUGCCACGUGUACAUCCUGGAGAACUGCGGGCACUCGGUGGUGGUGGAGCGGCCGCGCAAGACGGCCAACCUCAUCCUGGAGUUCCUGGCGCUGCUGCACAGCAUGGACAGCAAGAAGCAGGCGUGAGCGCGGCAGGGAGCCCAGCGCCCACGCCCCGUCUUUGAAGUUGUAAAGUACUGCAGUUUUGAUAAGUUCUCAGGGAUCUUGUAUGAUUUGGGGUGAAUGUGCCAAAGUCCCUGAGGAAGACAGAAUCACUGAUACCUAAACCGAUAGCGCCGCCAGCACAGCGACCUUGGGGUCAUUGAACAACCUCCAUAGAUACAGGAACAGAAACAGAAUCUCUCCCUUCUCUGCUUAGAGAUAAAGCAGAAACAAGCUGAAAUCACCAAGCACUAUCCAUGCCAUGUGCUGAAGCUCCUUACGCAGCCGCCAAUCCCACCCAAGUCACCGGCACAUAGUUGUUAAUGACAUUUACCUAAGCUAUAUAAGCAGUGUAAGAAGGAGGAAGCAUCCCGGACUGAGACUGAAAAUAUUUCUACUACUUCGAGUCUGUCACGUUGCAUGCUGCCGUGCUGUAACAGAGCCCCAGUGCUCCCGCCCUCUGCUCGAGUGCCCUUUGUGUAGCUCCUUCACUCGUGAUUUAUGCAGAAAACAACAGAAACCUUCUUGUGUGGAAUUCCAAUGACCGUAUGUGCAAAAAAUGUUUACACUCUGAGCGGGGGAUUUUUAAAUCCCCCAACAGCUCCUGUGCGAAUGUAAUGCCUUAACAUUGCCCAGGGCACAGUGUCUGUGCACAGCCCGCCUUGCCCAGGGGACAGUUCCCCCCGAGGGUGAACGCAGUGGGUGAACACUCGGGGUGCAGACAGCAGCCUCGCCACCGCUGUGUGAAUCGGGGGGGAUGGAAAGCGCCCGGUGUGAUGCGGUGCCCGAGCCCGAGUCAGCAAUAAGCCCGUGGGCAGGGUGCGAGUCGGCACACUCGGGCGAGCUCUUGGCUCAGCUCUUCUGUCACGUGGCGCUGCUGAAGACGUUGAUGUAAAUAACGAUUUCUCUUAAUGAAUUCCGUGAAUUCUGUGAAUGCCAACGUCAC